UGCUCCCAGAAUGCAGUCUGGUAAACAGACAUGGACGCACCAGGUGAAGACCUCCACAGAGGCUGAGCUCUGAACUCGCUCUUUUCCACCGCCUGUAGUCUUUUAUCCAGUGCAUCCAGCUGAUUUUAGUCUCUCUGGAGUCUCGUUUUUAUCCACUACUUCUAAAACACCGACCUCUGCAGUGUCUGCUGAUGAACCUACUGAUGUGGAUCGACUGACAGUGUUAAAAAUAAUUAACUUUUGAAAGCGGAAAGAAUGUCGGAAAGGGCCGAGGAUGACGUCAGGGGGGAGCUGCGCCGAGCGGCCAGGCAGCAGCUGAAGCAGCAGCAGCAGAUCCAGCGGGGAGAAGGCUCCACAGCAAUGGCGACUGUUGCGGAGCGGAGAUCCCUGCCUAGCCCAGAAAUAAUGCUGGGACAGCCUUGGAGCAACUGGGUCGACGCUGCCAAACUCCACGGCAACGACGGUGCUGAAUUGGAGGAAAGUUUUAAAGACUUCGGGAAAAAUCGCGAAGCCAUGCGUUUGUGCCGAGAAGACAUGCCCAUUUUUGGACAGUGUCCAGCACAAGAUGACUUCUACCUGGUGAUGUGCAACCACUGUAGUCAGGUAGUGAAGCCCCAAGCCUUUCAAGCACAUUAUGAGAGAAGACACAGUUCAGCCAGCAAACCCGUGACCACGUCAACCUUCCCUUUGUCUGGAAGGAACCGAAGCAGCGGUAGUGGCUUUGGACCUGGGCUAGGCUCAGGAUCAGCUACUGGAGUAGUUAGUGGAGGGAUUCUCAGCCGACCCUCCUCUGCUGGAUCCAAUCUCUCUUCCUCUUCAGCGCCUUUGUCCAACUCCAAACUGCUCAAACCACCCAAAGAGAAGCUUCCGGGCAUUCCCAGAAGGCCACCCUUUUACCCAAGGGCUCUGCAGCCCGACAAAAUCCUCACCCCGGCUGUCAAGGUGGAGAAGAUGCAUCUGAAUGUGGACUCCUCAGCUAAGUUGGUGCCGACUCUCUCUGCUCCCACUACCACCUCAUCUUCCUCAACAUCUUCCUCUAGCACCACUGUGAGCUCCAGCACUACUCCCAUCACUACCACCUCCUCAUCAGCCCUUAAACCAGGCCUUAACUGUCCCUCCAUACCAAAGCCUCCAUUACCAGCCCCGGGUCAGAUACCCAACGGCAAAGGUCACCUCGCCAUCCUCUCUGACAAGAAGCAGGACAGCAGCAGUGCCAGUAGCAGACGCCACUUUAACAAGAAAGUGACAGAACGCGAGUUUAAUCCGGAUAUCCACUGUGGUGUUAUGGAUUUGUCUGCUCGCAAACCAUGCACAAGAUCACUAACAUGCAAGACGCAUUCUUUAAGCCAGCGGAGGGCAGUGCCAGGUCGGAGGAAGCGCUUUGACACAUUACUGGCGGAGCACAAGAGCAGAGCGAGAGAGAGGGAACGGGAGCGGGAAAAAGAGAAGGAGCUCCAUCAGCCUCAUUCUCAGCAGAGCGCUCCUCUCAGGGAAAGCCACCCCGCCUCACAUGCCCCCUCUGCACAUGACCCCCAUCAGGUGGCUCAUGGAAACGGGCCGGUGCUCGAGGCCACCAAGCCUUUGUCUGUUGGCAAGCAGAAGUUCUGCAGCCACAGUCUUCCACGACUAAACAGCGGCCAUGGAGGGGGGACACCAGGAGACCCCACAAGUGUCCAUGAUUUAUCACAUCAUCCACAAACUACUCCAGAUGUUUUUUCACGCCCCUCCAGUGAUGAGGGUGAAAAUGAGGAGAGGGAGGAGAAUGUGGACAAAUUUGACUGUCACUAUUCGGGCUAUCACCCUCGACCAGCAGCUUUUUGUACUUUUGGAAGCCGACUGUAUGGAAGAGGUUGUUUUUCCUUUGACCGGCGGUGGGACACAGUGCGUUGUGCUCUAACCACAAUGAUGGACAAGCAUGUUAAUUCUCAGAUGUGGAAGAAAAUUCCCUUUGCCUUGGAGAACUCCUCCUCUGUUGCACCUACCCAUCGGGCAAGCACAAACUACCAUAGUAGCACUCCCUCGUCAGGCUUCCUGGGCCCCCCUGCCCCUUUGCCCCAGUCCCCGUAUAGCCAGUCCUAUGAGGGCAAGUCUGUGCUCUCCUAUGGAACCACCUUAAAUGCCCGCAGCUCCCCUCAGGGCGGGGCUGAACAUCCGGCCUAUGGCACCACGCAGGCCCGACAAGUGUCUUCGUCGCCGCAGAUGCCUUCAGCCCAUUCAUCCUCAUCUUCUGCUCCACACCUCACCUCAGGCCGCUCUCUCAAGUCCCGCUCGUCCAGCAGCAACACUACCAGGUCAGCCUCAUUCAGGCCCAAAGACAUCCCUUCUGGCUCUACUGCACCUGUCACGCCUAACCCUACAGGCGGGGGCAGCAGUGGAGCCAACAGUAAUAGCAGUAGCACCAACUUGAGCUCGGGGAAGAAAAGAAAGAACAGCUCUCUUUUAACUUCAUCCCACGGCUCAUCUGAAUCCUCCUCCAAUGCCAACUACUCCUCCUCUUUCAAAAAGAACUGUGCAAAUGUGGGCAGCUCAGGGAGCACUUUUCAUCACAGCUCACUCGGACCCUCAGCAUCCUCAUCUCACACCGGUGUUCACAGUGUGGGACUCAACUGUGGCCCCACCGUGCGGACCAACUCCCUCAGCCUCAAGGCAGAUGCAUCUAUGGGUUCCACUGGGGGCUCCUCAGGGCCGCCUGCCCGUGGACCCCCGUCGGGCAGCCCAGCCGAGUCCAUCAAGCGCAUGAGCGUAGUGAUGAAUAGCAGUGACUCCACUCUGUCUCUGGGGCCCUUUGUCCAUCACCAGUCAUCCUCAUCGGAGCACCACACCAGCUUCAGUCACCACUCUGAUGCUCGCCUGGAAGGAAAGAAGCGCAAGAGCUCCCCCGCAUCUAGCAGUGUGAACAGCGGAGGUCUCGGUGGAGGCGGGGGAGCAGGGCCAGGCAGGCCUAAGAUGUCCAAGUCUCCUGCUAUUAACAACAUCCAUGGGAAGCAUGGACGGAGCAUUCCAGGCACUCCAGGGUUACCUAACAAUUCACAUCAGCCAAAGGCUCGUCCUUGACAACAGUGUUGCCCCUGUGUAACGAUGGACGGGGAAUCAUCCAGGGCAGUGGUUAUUGCUCUGGUCUGAAUGAGGCCUUCAAACGUCAAACCCACAUUACUCUCAGCUUCCCACAGUCCUCAGGGUGGAGAUGAUCUGGGCUGCUCAGUGAAGUCAGUGUGGUCCUUACAAAUUCUCCCAAAGCCAUGUGUGGGUUGGGGUGGUUGGGGUGGCGGCAGCACUGUACGGGGACAAAUCAUCUGUGCUUGGGUCUCUAGACUGUCCCAAUGACCCUAAAGCAAGUGUCUCCCCAGUAUACAGAGAGGUCUUCCUGUCAGAAUAACGAGAGGAGGAACAAGACACACAGCCAUUGAUCGGUUCAGUUGAAAUUCAAAUUUACAAAUCAUGUUAACAAUGAGGAAGACGGCGAGCCAAUCUUUUGUGUGGACAAUGAAUGUGUGUGUGUUUGUGUACGUCCAUGGCUGGUUCUUUGGCUAUUGCUCUCUUAAACAAAGCCUAAUCGAGCAUAAAAUUUGUCUAUUUAUUGUAAACCAACAUUUUAGGUAAUGCGUGAUUGUGUUACUCUUAAUAAAACAGGGUCUAGACUAAAUCUGUCUUGAAAACAAAAUGUCAUCAAAAAAUAUUUCAGAUCAGCUGUUGUCACAGAACACAGUAACCACAGAACCACCCUGACAGUUGGAUGUAAGUAUUUUUCUCAUUAUCUGAAUUGAUUCUGGUGAAGAACUGGAUUUAUUUACAACCACAUCAGUAGCCUUUUAAAGGGAGCUAAAUGACCAAGCGCCGCUUGUGACACACACAAAAAAAACGAUAACCUUCCAUUUUUCUCGCUUUUGCUGACAUGUAAUACAGGCUGUAAGUGGGUUCAACAGAAAGGGGUGACUCAGUCAGUUUUUCAUUACCCAAACAAUUAUGCAAGUGUUGAUUCUUUAUAAGCUUUUACACUGAACUACACGUCUUUGUAGAUGUGCUCGUGCUUACAAAUGUGAAAGGACACCUACUGUGCCCCUUCAAUUCUUUUAUCAAACAAUAGCUUGGCCUUAGAGACACCUGACCAUUGUCUAUGUCCUUUUACAUCACAACUCCUAAUGAGUAGUAGACUUGCACCCAACUGGAAGCCGCUCUCAAUAUACCUAUUUUCUCCACAGGUACUGCUCCAAUACAAGCCAAAUGUUGCCAACUUGCCAAUUUGUUUACCUAAAUGCUUGGCAGUCUGACCCACUUAGUUUUGCACAGAUGCAGUUAGAGCAUCUGUUGUUAAGGAGAUUGUGUCCCAAACAGUGGAGUGACUUUAACAUCUGUGUACUGUAGAGUUUUAUCUAGUGUUGCAGGGAAUCAGGUACAGUGUCUUAACUGGAGGAAGAUUAUGCAUUUCACCUGUCUCUGUGGGGAUGAUUGUGUCCUGUGUAAAACCACUACCCGAGCCUCAUCACAACACUGUCACAAGUAUUAAUCUACACUUCCCUUUGUCCAUAUGGAGUCUUAAAUCAGGCAAUACUCUGAGAUGUCUCAAGUGAGUGUAAUAGUGCAAGAUUCAUGAAGAUGGCUUCACGUGACAUUUUCUUUUGGCACUGUCUGUUGAACCUUCAGAGAAGAAAGUAUAAAGGAUACAUUUUUAAAGAAAACAUCAUUUACUGUUUUCCUUACAGUUUUUGUGUGAAAGGUUUUGAAAUAUCCAUAUUUGAGAAUAUGUAUUUUGUUAACAAUUUGUACAUAGUGAAAUAUGUAUUUUUGCACAGGCCUUUUUCGUACAUGCAGAAUUUUUGGUACAAUUUUAAGAUGAGUCAUUAUUUAUUUUGAAAAUGAGAAAGUCAUAACUUGAUCUUAUAAAGUGGUUCACUGCCAAGUCUAUAUGAUGCAAUAUGGUGAUAUUCAGAAAGUGAAGCAUCUCAUGAAUUAUGUACUGAAAUCCUUUAAGGAAUGGUGUUGCCGCUGUAGCAAAGUGUCUGUCUGACAACCUGUUUUUCAUAGUUCAAGGUCUCUCUCACAUGUACUUUUCCAACACUUCUGAAUCAACAUAAUGAAAGCAUGUGUGAGCCUGUGAUUUUGACGUCCUACUGGCUUUAAGCUGUGCCCACUGUAGAACUCACAUUGGUCAUUAAGUAGAUGGAGUACCUUAAACACAUUUCACAAUUGAAAAAAUAGUGUUCUUUUUAAGACUGAAGAGACUUGAGCAAUCACAAGGAAUAAGAACGCUUCAAACAGUCAACUGCUCACAUAUUGUUGCCAAACUAGCAAUUGAAAUGACAGCUUUGAAACGAUUAGUUUGCAGCUUUUAAAUGAAACACUCAAUUAAGAAAGUGCCUGAAUUAGUUUCACCUUUGACUGUUUGAGGACAGUGUUGUUACCUUACUUGAAUGUUUAAGUGUUUAGGAGUCAUUUUCUGCCUAUCCCUGUAUGCGGUCAAACUGAGCUUUUGUCAGCUGCCCAGUUUGAAGUUUUACUGACAAGUUUUCAGUAGCCUUUGCAUGGCGUUGAAUUAUUUUGUAAAACCCUUUUCAGCUUAACCCCACACAACACAUCUUUACACUGUCUCCAGCAGAUGGACACACUGUACAGAUGUUUUUUUUUUUCAUUAUUAGCUUCAUAUUCUUGGAAUGUGAAAGAGAAUUGAUUUAUGAAAGGAAAAAGAAAUCAACCCUUCAUUAUGUAAAGGUGUGUAUAAAUUUCUUUAUCAAUUUUCAGCUGGACUUAUGUAUUGGCUGCUAUGUAAUUCAUGAACAAACAUAGAAUAGAAUUAAUAUUUAAAGAAAAAAAGAUUGUAUAGUAUUUGUUUUGUAACAAGUUUCUGUAAAUAAAAAUAAUUUAUACUGCUAUUU